AUGGAGAUCGUAACUCUGUUUUUGAGCUUCAUCAGCCUCGUCGCCGUUUCCUAUGGCGUCGAGAAGGCAUUCAAUAGAUUGAGACGGGGACGCCGCCUACCACUACCUCCUGGCCCCAAAGGCCUGCCCAUCGUCGGCAACGUGAACGAUUUGCCGAAUUUCGACGAGUUAGUGGCUCUUCACUGGUUGAAGCACAAGGAUGCAUACGGACCGAUAAGCUCCAUCACCACGUUGGGUACGACAAUGAUCAUUCUCAACGACCUGGACCUCGCCUACGAGCUCAUGGACAAUCGUUCACUCAAACACUCCUCGAGGCCAUGGCAGGUCUUCAUCGGCGAGAUGGUCGGCGCCGAGAACCUUACCGGUAUGUUGUCAUACGGCGACCACCUCCGCGUCCACCGCAAGAACAUGGGCCGCGUCAUUGGUUCCAAGUCAACCGCGUCGCAGUACAACACCCUACAAGAGGCCGAGGUUGGCCAUAUGCUACUUCAUCUGCUGGAUGAGCCUGAACACUUGUUCGAGCACAUCAAAAGAGAGGCCGGCUCGUUGAUUUUGAAGAUUACCUAUGGGUAUACCGCGGAACCGUUCAAGGAGGACCCGUUGCUGCAGAUGAUUGACGAGAACAAUGAGAACCUCAUCAAAGGAUGGGUUCCUGGCACCUUUUUGGUCGACAUCUUCCCUUUCCUUCGAUACGUACCAGGAUGGGUUCCCGGAGCGGGGUUUCAGCAGACCGCGAAAGAGUGGAAGGCCCUAUUCUUCGCAACCAGAGACAAGCCGUAUGCCUUUGUAGAGCAUCAAAUGGCGCAGGGCAAAGACGGCGGGUCGUUCGUAUCACACCUCCUCCAAACAUCGGACUCCUCCCCAGAGACCGUCCAUCUCAACAAAUUCUCGGCAUUGGGCUUAUUCGGUGGCGGUUCCGACACGACCGUAUGCUCCAUCGCCGCUUUUUUCCUCGCCAUGAUGCUUUACCCCGAGGCCCAGAAGAAGGCCCAAGAAGAGAUCGAUAGGGUUGUGGGACAGGGCCGGUUGCCCAACUUUCAAGACCGCGAGAACCUACCGUACAUCCAAGCAUUGUCCAAGGAAGUAAUGCGCUGGUAUCCUAUCGCGCCCAUGGGGCUCCCUCACUCCAGCACCGAGGACGACGUCUUCGAGGGCUACUUCAUUCCCAAAGGUGCCAUGGUGUUUCCAAACAUCUGGUAUUUCGCCCGCGACCCCAAACGGUAUCCCGAGCCCAUGACAUUCAAGCCCGAGCGCUUCCUCGCGGGUGAGGGCCGCGAACCCGAGAUGGACCCCGGAAAGUACGUCUUCGGCUUCGGCCGCCGCGUCUGCCCCGGGCGCUACCUCGCCGAGAACUCCAUCUACCUCAACAUUGCCCAGACCCUUGCCGUGUACAACAUUAGUAAACCGGUCCGCGAUGGAGUGGUUAUCGAGCCGGAGGUCAAGUUCCUCCCGGGUGUGGUCAGCCACCCGGCGCCCUUCGACGCCUCCAUUAAGCCGCGGUCGCCACAGCAUGAGAACCUGAUUCGCGCCAUCGAGGAGACGUACCCGUGGCAGGAGAGCGACGCGAAGACGCUGGAGAGUAUGACGGUCUGA